AUGUCUUCAAACAAUGAUGCUUUACAAAAUCAAAUGUCUUCAAACAAUGAUGCUUUAAACUUUGUUAUAGUUGAUCCCUCGCGUCAAAUUUCACGUCAGAAAACUAUCGAAAAGAUUCAGGCUCUUGAAGAUAGAAUUUCUUCUUUAGAAACUAUCAAACAGAUUCAGGUUCUUGAAGAUACAAUUUCUCCCUUAGAAGAAAAAUUAUCUUCUUUAGAAACUAUCAAAAAGAUUCAGGCUCUUGAAGAUAAAAUUUCUUCUUUAGAAGAAAAAUUAUCUCUUGAAGAUAAAAUUUCUUCUUUAGAAGAAAAAUUAUCUUCUUUAGAAACAAACUUUUCUUUGUAUAAUCAGUGGAUUUCUCAGCUGACUCUUCUUGCGUUUCCUCCUGAACUUUAG